CAAAACUCAGCAAGAUAUGCAGUCCAGUCUGGCAGCCAGAUAUGCAACUCAGUCUAAUCACAGUGGAAUUGCAACCAGUCAAAAAAAGCCUACUAGGCUUCCAGGGCCCUCUAGGGUGCCAGCUGCAAGCAGCAGCAGCAAGGUCCAGGGAGCUUCUAAUUUAAACAGGAGAAGUCAGAGCUUUAACAGCAUUGACAAAAACAAGCCUCCAAAUUAUGCAAAUGGAAAUGAAAAAGAUUCCUCCAAAGGACCUCAACCAUCUUCAGGUGUAAAUGGAAACACACAGCCUCCCGGCAAUGCCGGGCAGCCCCCUGCCUCUGCCAUCCCUUCUCCUAGUGCCAGCAAGCCCUGGCGCAGCAAGUCCAUGAAUGUCAAACAUAGCGCCACCUCCACCAUGCUGACUGUAAAGUCGAGCCCAGCCACUUCGCCCACACCAACUUCAGACAGACUAAAGCCACCUGUUUCAGAAGGGGUCAAAACUGCUCCCUCAGGACAGAAAUCCAUGCUUGAAAAAUUCAAGCUGGUCAAUGCCAGGACUGCUUUACGCCCCCCGCAGUGUCCUAGUUCAGGACCCAGUGAUGGUGGGAAGGAUGACGAUGCCUUUUCUGAAUCUGGUGAAAUGGAAGGUUUUAACAGUGGUCUGAAUAGUGGUGGCUCAACAAAUAGCAGUCCCAAAGUGUCACCUAAACUGGCCCCUCCAAAAGCUGGAAGCAAAAAUCUCAGCAAUAAAAAGUCUUUGCUACAGCCAAAGGAAAAAGAGGACAAGAACAGGGACAAAAAUAAAGUUUGCACUGAAAAACCAGUCAAGGAAGAGAAGGAUCAGGUGACAGAGACGGCUUUAAAAAAGACCUCUAAAAUUGCAAGCUUGAUCCCAAAGGGCAGCAAGAUGACAGCAGCUAAGAAGGAAAGCUUAAUUCCAUCUUCCACUGGGAUUCCAAAACCAAGCUCAAAGGUGCCAACAGCAAAGCAAACUAUUUCACCUGGCAGCACAGUGAGCAAAGAGUCUGAAAAAUUCAGGACUACAAAGGGAAGCCCUUCCCAGUCCCUCUCUAAGCCCAUAACCUCUGAGAAAGCAAGCACAUCCACCUGCCCUGCUCCUUUGGAAGGAAGGGAAGCUGGCCAAGCUUCUCCCUCUGGUUCCUGUGCCAUGCCAGUGGCACAAGGCAGUGGGCAGAGCACAGGAAAUGGUGCUGUUCAACUCCCUCAGCAGCAGCAGCACAGUCACCCGAAUACUGCCACUGUGGCACCAUUCAUAUAUAGAGCACAUUCAGAAAAUGAAGGUACCUCUUUGCCAUCUGCUGACUCCUGUACCAGUCCUACGAAGAUGGAUUUAUCAUAUAGUAAGACUGCUAAACAGUGCCUAGAGGAAAUAUCUGGUGAAGACCCUGAAACAAGAAGAAUGAGAACAGUUAAAAACAUAGCAGAUUUGAGGCAGAAUUUAGAAGAGACCAUGUCCAGUCUUCGUGGGACUCAGAUAAGCCACAGCACUCUGGAGACGACGUUUGAUAGCACUGUGACGACAGAAGUGAACGGAAGGACCAUACCCAACUUGACAAGUCGACCCACUCCCAUGACCUGGAGGUUGGGCCAGGCGUGUCCUCGACUCCAGGCGGGAGAUGCUCCCUCCCUGGGUGCUGGCUAUCCUCGCAGUGGUACCAGUCGAUUCAUCCACACAGACCCCUCGAGGUUCAUGUAUACAACACCUCUCCGUCGAGCGGCUGUCUCUCGGCUGGGAAAUAUGUCACAAAUUGACAUGAGUGAGAAAGCCAGCAGUGACCUGGACAUGUCUACUGAAGUUGAUGUUGGUGGAUAUAUGAGUGAUGGUGAUAUCCUUGGGAAGAGUCUCAGGACUGAUGAUGUCAACAGUGGGUACAUGACCGAUGGAGGGCUCAACCUGUAUACUAGAAGUCUGAACAGAAUACCAGACACAGCAACAUCCAGGGAUGUCAUCCAGAGAGGGGUUCAUGAUGUGACAGUGGAUGCAGACAGCUGGGAUGACAGCAGUUCCGUGAGCAGUGGUCUCAGUGACACCCUCGAUAACAUCAGCACCGACGACCUGAACACCACGUCCUCAGUCAGCUCUUACUCCAACAUCACCAUCCCUUCCAGGAAGAACACUCAGCUGAAGACAGAUUCAGAGAAACGUUCCACAACAGAUGAGACCUGGGAUAGCACUGAGGAGCUGAAGAAAACAGAAGAGGACUUUGACAGCCAUGGGGAUAGUGGUGGCAAGUGGAAGAGUGUUUCCUCAGGACUUCCUGAAGACCCUGAGAAGGCAGGGCAGAAAGCUUCCCUGUCUGUUUCACAGACGGGUUCCUGGAGAAGGGGCAUGUCUGCCCAAGGAGCUGCACCAUCUAGGCAGAAGGCUGGAACAAGUGCACUCAAAACCCCUGGGAAAACAGACGAUGCCAAAGCAUCUGAGAAAGGGAAAACUCCCCUGAAAGGAUCAUCUCUGCAAAGGUCUCCUUCAGAUGUAGGAAAAAGCAGUGGAGAUGAGGGGAAAAAGCCCCCCUCAGGCAUUGGAAGGUCGACUGCUCCCAGCUCUUUUGGAUUUAAGAAACCAAGUGGAGUAGGGUCAUCUACUAUGAUCACUAGCAGUGGAGCAACUAUAACAAGCGGCUCAGCAACUCUGGGUAAAAUUCCCAAAUCUGCUGCCAUUGGGGGAAAGUCAAAUGCAGGGAGAAAAACCAGUUUGGACGGUUCCCAGAAUCAGGAUGAUGUUGUGCUGCAUGUCAGCUCAAAGACCACCCUACAAUACCGCAGCUUGCCCCGCCCUUCCAAAUCCAGCACCAGUGGCAUUCCUGGCCGAGGUGGCCACAGAUCCAGUACCAGCAGUAUCGAUUCCAACGUCAGCAGCAAAUCUGCUGGUGCCACCACCUCAAAACUGAGAGAGCCAACCAAGAUUGGGUCAGGGCGCUCGAGUCCUGUCACCGUGAACCAAACAGACAAGGAGAAGGAAAAAGUAGCAGUCUCUGAUUCAGAGAGUGUUUCUUUGUCAGGUUCCCCCAAAUCCAGCCCCACCUCUGCCAGCGCCUGUGGGGCACAAGGGCUCAGGCAGCCAGGAUCCAAGUAUCCAGAUAUUGCCUCACCUACAUUUCGAAGGUUGUUUGGUGCCAAGGCAGGUGGCAAAUCUGCCUCUGCACCUAAUUCGGAGGGUGUGAAAUCCUCCUCAGUAAUGCCCAGCCCUAGUACCACAUUAGCGCGGCAAGGCAGUCUGGAGUCACCGUCGUCUGGUACGGGCAGCAUGGGCAGUGCUGGCGGGCUAAGCGACAGCAGCAGCCCUCUCUUCAAUAAACCCUCAGACUUAACUACAGAUGUUAUAAGCUUAAGUCACUCGUUGGCUUCCAGCCCAGCAUCGGUUCACUCUUUCACAUCAGGUGGUCUCGUGUGGGCUGCCAAUCUGAGCAGUUCCUCUGCUGGCAGCAAGGACACUCCAAGUUACCAGUCCAUGACUAGCCUCCAUACGAGCUCUGAGUCCAUUGACCUCCCCCUCAGCCACCAUGGCUCCCUGUCUGGACUGACCACAGGCACUCACGAGGUCCAGAGCCUGCUCAUGAGAACGGGUAGUGUGAGAUCUACUCUCUCAGAAAGAUACACCCCAUCAUCUCGGCAGGCCAACCAAGAAGAGGGAAAAGAGUGGUUACGUUCUCAUUCUACUGGAGGGCUGCAGGAUACUGGCAACCAGUCGCCUCUGGUCUCCCCUUCUGCAAUGUCAUCUUCCGCAACAGGAAAAUAUCACUUUUCCAACUUGGUGAGCCCAACCAAUCUGUCGCAAUUCAACCUUCCUGGGCCCAGCAUGAUGCGCUCCAACAGCAUCCCCGCCCAAGACUCUUCCUUCGAUCUCUAUGAUGACUCUCAGCUUUGUGGGAGUGCCACUUCUCUGGAGGAAAGGCCACGCGCCAUCAGUCAUUCCGGCUCAUUCCGAGACAGCAUGGAGGAAGUUCACGGCUCUUCCUUGUCACUGGUCUCCAGCACUUCUUCUCUUUACUCUACAGCUGAAGAAAAGGCUCAUUCAGAGCAAAUCCAUAAGCUGCGGAGAGAGCUGGUUGCAUCACAGGAAAAAGUUGCUACCCUCACCUCUCAACUUUCAGCAAAUGCUCACCUUGUAGCUGCUUUUGAAAAGAGUUUAGGGAAUAUGACUGGCCGGUUGCAAAGUCUAACCAUGACAGCGGAACAAAAGUGUCUCCUUAACAAUAUCAGUUCACUGUUGAGACUCUUUAUGAGCAAAUGUGAUAUUCUCUAUCUAUUGCUAGAUCUCCGCAUCAGAAGACAGCAUUCCUCCGAAAGUGUUUCUAGUAUCAACAGUGCCACAAGCCAUUCCAGCAUUGGCAGUGGUAAUGAUGCUGACUCCAAGAAAAAGAAAAAGAAAAACUGGCUGAGAAGCUCUUUCAAACAAGCCUUUGGGAAGAAAAAGUCCACCAAGCCUCCUUCCUCACAUUCGGACAUUGAAGAGCUCACUGAUUCAUCCCUUCCAGCAUCACCUAAGUUGCCCCAUAAUGCUGGGGACUGUGGCUCAGCAUCCAUGAAGCCCUCACAAUCUGCCUCAGCGAUCUGUGAAUGCACAGAGGCUGAGGCGGAGAUAAUUCUGCAGCUGAAGAGCGAGCUCAGAGAAAAGGAAUUAAAAUUAACCGAUAUUCGGCUGGAGGCCCUCAGCUCUGCUCAUCAUCUUGAUCAGAUCCGGGAAGCCAUGAACCGGAUGCAGAAUGAGAUUGAAGUACUCAAGGCUGAAAACGACAGGUUGAAGGCAGAGACUGGGAACACAGCUAAGCCUGCCCGGCCUCCGUCAGAAUCCUCAAGCAGCACCUCCUCUUCCUCUUCACGGCAGUCCUUAGGACUUUCUCUAAACAAUUUGAACAUCACAGAGUCUGUUACCUCAGAUAUUUUGCUUGAUGAUGCUGGUGAUGCAACUGGACAUAAAGAUGGCCGCAGCGUGAAAAUUAUAGUCUCCAUAAGCAAGGGCUACGGCCGAGCAAAGGAUCAGAAGUCUCAUGCGUAUUUGAUAGGAUCUAUUGGUGUUAGUGGAAAAACCAAGUGGGAUGUCUUAGAUGGUGUAAUUAGGCGUCUCUUUAAGGAAUAUGUGUUCCGAAUUGACACAUCUACUAGCCUUGGUCUGAGCUCUGACUGCAUUGCUAGCUACUGUAUAGGAGACUUAAUUAGAUCCCAUAACCUAGAAGUGCCUGAACUGCUGCCUUGUGGAUACCUUGUUGGAGAUAAUAACGUUAUCACUGUGAACCUGAAAGGGGUAGAAGAAAACAGUUUGGACAGUUUUGUUUUUGAUACGCUGAUUCCUAAACCAAUUACCCAAAGGUACUUUAACUUGUUGAUGGAGCAUCACAGAAUUAUACUCUCAGGACCAAGUGGUACUGGAAAGACCUACUUAGCAAAUAAACUUGCUGAAUAUGUAAUAACCAAAGCUGGGAGGAAAAAAACAGAGGACGCAAUUGCCACUUUUAAUGUGGACCACAAGUCAAGUAAGGAAUUGCAACAGUAUCUAGCUAACCUGGCUGAACAGUGCAGUGCUGAUAAUAACGGUGUAGAGCUCCCAGUUGUAAUAAUUCUUGAUAAUCUUCAUCAUGUGGGCUCUUUGAGUGAUAUCUUCAAUGGCUUCCUCAAUUGUAAAUACAACAAAUGUCCAUACAUUAUUGGAACAAUGAAUCAGGGAGUUUCUUCAUCACCAAAUCUAGAGCUGCAUCACAAUUUCAGGUGGGUAUUAUGUGCCAACCACACAGAACCAGUGAAAGGCUUUUUAGGCAGAUACCUUCGAAGGAAACUGAUAGAGCUAGAAAUUGAAAGGAAUAUACGCAAUAAUGACCUAGUCAAAAUUAUAGAUUGGAUUCCUAAGAUGUGGCAUCAUCUCAACAGUUUUUUGGAAACACACAGUUCCUCUGAUGUUACCAUUGGUCCCCGACUGUUUCUUCCUUGUCCUAUGGAUGUAGAAGGUUCUAGAGUGUGGUUCAUGGAUCUCUGGAACUAUUCUUUGGUACCUUAUAUUCUAGAGGCAGUGAGAGAAGGACUUCAGAUGUAUGGGAAACGCACACCGUGGGAAGAUCCCUCAAAGUGGGUGCUUGACACAUACCCCUGGAGCUCAGUGUCUCUCUCUCAGGAAGGCCCAGCAUUACAUCAGGUGCGACCGGAAGAUGUUGGGUAUGAGGGCUGCGUAUCCACUAAGGAAGCCACAACCUCAAAGCACAUUCCACAAACUGAGACGGAAGGGGAUCCCCUGAUGAAUAUGCUAAUGAAACUCCAAGAAGCAGCCAAUUACUCGGGCACACAAAGCUGCGACAGCGAUAGCACCAGCCACCAUGAAGACAUUUUGGAUUCAUCUCUUGAAUCUACCCUCUAGAGGGUGAAAAAAGUUAGGGGAAAAGACUAUGCUUUUAAAAAAUGUUUUAAAAUAAAGGUAUUUUCACUAAACCACUGCCAGUAUGAAAGCACCCUGUCAAGGGCCCUGACCCAGAGUUGUGGUCUCCAAGGAGGCAGCAGAACUAAGUCUGAACCGCCAAGAUACCUAAAUUGAAAUGGAAGCUUAACUUUAUUUUAUUUCUAGGCAUUUUUAUAUCUAUGGAGUGAUAGAAGGCUCCAUUACAACUGGAAAGGACCCUAAUGACAGGGCAACUGAAUAGAUUGCACACGGGAUAGCCAAACUGGACUUUAUUGUUUUCCUCUUUAAAAGUUUACAAUGCAGACCUUUUUUUUGUCCCUUCCUUUUGUUUCCUCUGAGGGGCUCUUCUCCCCAGGCAGGGUCCAUUCUUCUGAUCCGUCCAACCUCCUUUGUGCCACAUGGUGCUGGUCACAGGGCUCCAGUAGUGUUCGUGUUGUGCGCUCACCCCAUUCCAAAACGAAUCCAAGAGGCCGGGCCUCCAUAAGCACAAAUGGAAUUGUGCAACCACCAGAAAAACACUACUGUGGCAAACUGGAGAAGUGCCAAUUUAAUUCUAACUGCCAUGUUUUCAUGAUGUGCUCCUCCAACUUUUAGUGUAUGAGUCACAGGUUUUAUAAGGUUCUUUUUACCGCAGUGGUCUUUUUAAACCACCUGCCCACUCCCUUAACAAGAGUUUUAUACCAAUUACUAGUCAACACUGACAAAAGGCUUUUUUAGGGCUUUAUUUGUUUGAGCCUUUUCAGUGAAAGAAGGAACAUUUCCUAUGGUGCUGUCUCACUGCCUUAAAACAGAUUUCUACAACAGUUUAACAGUUGGUUUAAAUCCUAAACCAUUGGUAAUUUCCACUGUCUUUUCAUUUACAACCAAGCAACACCAGUUAACACAGUAGCCUCAUCUCUACAUAUCUUUUUUAUUUUAUUUUAUUUUUUGAAGAAAAUGGAUAGGAGAAAGAUCAGUAUUUUUAACUUGUGAAUAGUUUGCUUUGCCUAUCCUCCAAAAUAUUCAAAUAACCCAGAAACCCUCUUUGACCGUCACCUCAAAUCUGAGACAUGUGGCUAAAUUCCAUCCAGUUCUAAGUGAAAGAGUUUCAGAAGGUGGGAGAUUUUGAAUUCGUAUCCAGCAGAGCUGGAAGCACUAGAUGCAGCAUGAGCACAAUUAUUUGGCUUUCCUUCCCUAUUUUUUUUAAUUAGUUUUGACGCAUGUUGUUUUGAUUGCUAUUGUUGUACAUGAGAAAUUCAGCAUUAAUGAACACUGAAGCAGUAAAGUCACUGUGGAAGAGGAAGCGUUUAUACUGUAAAAGAAGGUUAGAUUUGCACAGUCUACUGGGUAGGUAUUGUAAAUAAUAAUUUUUAAAACUUGCACAAAUCAAAACACAAACAAAAUAGUAUUUUAUCCUGUUGGUGUUAAGAGGUGUUUCACUUGCUGAGAUUUCCUGUACAUUGCAAACAAAUACAGAAUGCAAACCCUCAAAGCUGUUAUUAUCUGGUGUGUUUGUCCUGUAUUUACAGUUGUUAUGACUAUGCAGGAGCUAUCAGUGCUAGAGUGAGCAUGCUUCAAAACUGUACAUGAAGCCAAUACAUUUUUGGAUAAGUAAAACUGUCUGAAAGUACAUCUGUCGUGGCAGGCUUUAAAGAGAGUGCAUGAAAACUGAUCAGAGUCAUUGGAGAAGUUACCACCACACGCAGAGGACAGAUUUUAAGUUUAUUAAACCUAAGGGCUAGGCCAUGGUGUAGACUUGUUCUAUGCAUGUGAAAAUGUGUUACUAUUAGGAAGUGUUACUGGUGCUACUCUCUGUGACCACUCAUGGGUCAGUUGCUAUAACAACAACAACAACACAAGACAUCUGUGCAGUUUUCAGAGCAUCACUAAGUGUAUAGGUCCUUACACGGUGCUAUUGCCCUAAGGGAAAUCUGAACUGAACUUAUGCACAUAGAAUUGUCACCCUGACUUUGAAGCCUCAAACAUGGAUCAAGUCUGUUGUGAAACAUCAAUAUAUGUAGCUGGAUGAGUGACUAGUUGCCCUUGUAAAAUAUGUGAUUUAAGAAAAUUGCUAAUCUUUCCCUGCCAUUUUGAAAAACACAGUCCAAACAUGAGCAUAAACAGAAUUUCCUGCAAUACAUCCCAGUAGGUCCACCUAGUCUACAACUUAAACUAGUUUGUGAAACAUUUGUCUGUAUACAUUUUAUAUUUUGUACAUUUUUGAUGUAACAUAUCAUGUAAAUAGGCAGAAACAAGUGAAAUAAAUCAUCUGAAAAGUUUUGUAGUCUUUGUAAAGCCCCAACAAUAAGUACUUGGUGUCAAUGGACUUAACUGGAUGAUGUAUUUUCUAUUGGUUUAUUGUUCCUCUAGCUUGUAAACCAGCUUGCAUAUAUUUUUUUGCAAAUGUGCACCCUGUAUCUGUCUAAAUUAUUACUUUGCCAUUAAAGUGGAAUUAUUUAUUGACAA